ACCGAGAUCUUCCGAACAAGCUUCUCUCUUUUUUCUUUUUUUUUCUGGUCGUGUCGCAAGCAUUCUUCAGUUUCUUCUAUGGCGACAAACUUGCGGAGACUUUUCUCAGUUUCCGCUCAAGGCGUCCUUUUGAAGAAGAAGCUACCAGGCUCUUUCUCUAGUUGCCGAAACUUAUGCGUUUGCUCCGGUCAAACAACUGAGUCCAUCACUGUUACUUCUUCUCCAUGUGACGGAUUAGAGACAAGUCUCGGAGGUGAUGCUGACAAAGGGUUUCUAAGAUGGCGAAAUGGAGGAGGUACAUACCAUAGCUCGGCCGUAAUUGAUUCCUCGGCUCUGGUUGAGUUUGGAGCAGUAGUUCACGAAAAAGCUAUAUUGGGUGCAGAGGUUCACAUAGGAUCUAACACUGUUGUUGGAUCAUCAGUCAAAAUUGAUCACUCUACAAAGAUUGGGUAUAAUGUUUCAGUUAGCAACUGUAGUAUUGGUGAGUUAUGUGUUAUCCAUAAUGGAGUCUGCGUUGGCCAAGAUGGAUUUGGGUUUUACGUGGAUGAACAAGGAAACAUGGUGAAGAAGCCUCAAGCUUUAAAUGUGAAGAUAGGGAAUCGUGUGGAAAUUGGAGCAAACACAUGCAUUGACCGGGGCAGCUGGAGAGAAACAGUGAUUGGGGAUGAUACUAAGAUAGACAAUUUAGUUCAGAUAGGCCACAAUGUGGUUAUUGGCAAGUCUUGCUUGCUCUGUGGCCAAGUAGGCAUAGCUGGUUCAGCAGAGAUCGGUGACUAUGUAGUUUUAGGAGGACGUGUUGCAGUUCGAGACCAUGUCUCAAUUGUAUCCAAGGUUCGACUAGCUGCAAAUAGUUGUGUUAUCAAAAGCAUUACCGAACCAGGGGACUUCGGUGGCUUUCCUGCUGUACCAAUUCAUCAAUGGAGAAGGCAGAUUGUAGAAGCUAAGAUUUUGAGCAAGAGGAAACCAUAACUUAAUACAUUAACCAAACUCUUAGUUUCUGUGACCAAACACUAUCUUAUGUUUUCAUACACUCUCAAAUCCAAAUUACAAGAAUUUAAAAUCAA